UAAUUCAACUAGGGGUGCAGCCAGGGGCCUCUGAAUUCUUAAUCCGGGCCUGAGUAUUUUAUAGCAAUACUAUAGUGCUUUUGAACCAUAUAAUAAAAAAGUAAUUCUAUAGCUGCUCUGGUAUCACAACAACUAUGAACAUAACCCAAUUCUGAAAAAAAAAACAUGUUCAAAAACACUAUAAUAUAUACUAUAAAGUUAAAAAGUCUGAUUUCUGCUGUAUUUUUUUGAGUCCUCCUCUCACUGCAGCCACCUGCUCUCGUCUACAUUGCAGUUAAGGCGAGCGGACCUCAAACGAGCAUAUUACCACGGUGUCAACUAAACACUUCUCAUGGGUAUAUGUUUCCUUAUUUAUGUUUCUUACCUUCUUUAUGUUCAUAUUUUCAGAGUCUAUCGCACAAAACCAAGAUAAAGAAAUUAAAAUGCAAAUUUCACGCUAUCCUGACUGAAAUAUAACGUUAGUCCUGAAUCCAUUACAUGAAAGCAAGUUCAAAGUUUUGCUAAUGCUAAGCUAAAUUAAGUUGCUACAUUCUAAAACGCUUAACGUAGUUUAAACAUUAUUUUAAGAAAAUAUAAAGUCAACCCAAAACACUUGAUAAUAGGUGCACUCCCAAAACAAACCACUUACUAUUUCUCCUGACUUGUAUACCUGCAGCCAAUCAGCUUUCGCUGAGCCACCUAAAGGCAGCCAAUCGGCUUUCGCUGAUCAACGUGCAGCCAAAUAUCCCGCCCACGGCGCUUAUUCUGAGGCGGAGAUCAGAGAGAGCUGAGCUUCGCUGUUUGAUUAUUACUUGCUUUAAUUCCUCUGAUGUUACGGGUGUUGUUCGUCUAUUCAGAGCUCGAGUGAAGAGUUUACUGAAGGACAGCGAGAACAUGAGUGAUCCAGAACCCUGCAGAAUUAAACAUGAAGAUACUGAACAACAAAUAGACCUAAUUGAAGAGAAUGUGGCGAGUAAAGAGGAACAUCAUGUCAAAGUUGAGGAAAAAUAUCUUAAGAUUCACAUGAAUAUGAUUCUCACUGGAGAGAAAUCAUUGACAUGUACUCAGUGUGGGAAGAGCUUUAGCCAAUUAUCAAACCUUAAUAAACACAUGAAGAUCCACACUGGAGAGAAACCAUUCACAUGCACUCAGUGUGGGAAGAGUUUCGGCCAAUCAUCAUCCCUCAAUCUACACAUGAUGAUCCACACUGGAGAGAAACCAUUCAGAUGCACUCAGUGUGGGAAGAGUUUCAGCCAAUCAGCAUCCCUUAAUCUACACAUGAGAAUCCACACUGGAGAGAAACCAUUCACAUGCACUCACUGUGGGAAGAAUUUCAGCCAAUCAUCGUCCCUUAAUCUACACAUGAGGAUCCACACUGGAGAGAAACCAUUCACUUGCAUUCAGUGUGGGAAGAGCUUCAUCCAAUCAUCAAACCUUAAUCAACACAUGAAGAUCCACACUGGAGAGAAACCAUUCACAUGCAUUCAGUGUGGGAAGAGUUUCAGCCAAUUAUCAAACCUUAAUCACCACAUGAUGAUGCACACUGGAGAGAAACCAUUCAAAUGCACUCAGUGUGGGAAGAAUUUCAGCCAAUUAUCAUCCCUUAGUCUACACAUGAGGAUCCAUACUGGAGAGAAACCAUUCACAUGCACUCAGUGUGGGAAGAGUUUCGGCCGAUUAUCACAGCAUAAUAUACACAUGAAGAGCCACACUGGUGUGAGAGAGUAUGUUUGCUUUGAGUGUGAGAAAACCUUUAUUACAUCUGGAGAAUUGAAACUGCACCAGAGGAGUCACGCUGGGGAGAAACCUUACAAGUGUUCACACUGCAACAAGAGGUUUAAUCAGUCAGAACAUCUGAAAAGACAUGAGAGGAUUCACACUGGAGAGAAACCGUACAAGUGUUCACACUGCGACAAGAGAUUCAGUCAGUUACCACAUCUGAAAACGCAUGAGAGGAUUCACACUGGAGAGAAACCUUACAGAUGUGAUCAGUGUCUACAGAGGUUCGCUCAUUUGGUGCAGCUUAAGAAACACAUGGACCAAAAGCUGCACACAUGACAUAAAUACAGCAUAACAUCUUUUUGAAUGCAAAGGAUGUUCAUAAAAAAGAUGUGGUGUGACUAUGUGGGCUUCUGGUCUGGUGUGUGCCCCCCUCCGAGUAUUUAAAAUCUCUCUGUGGAUACAUCUGUACAGCUCUGCCGCUUCACUCUCCAGUGUGUUCAUGUGGCUGGUGUUGAGGUUUUGGAUUAUGUUCUUUGUCUGACCCCCUGAAUGAGAAACAACUCCAUGGUAAGAAACCAUACAUCAAAGAAUGCUGAGCUUCAGGACACGCCAACUGAUUGUGUAAUCACUAGCCGCGUUUCCACUAUCGCGCCAGCAAGCGAGCCAGGGCGAGCCAAGGCCAGUCGCGUUUCCACUAUCACUUCCGGGGCGUAAUCGGGCCAAAGCGGGGCUUCCUUGCGGCCAGCGUCCGGCCUUUUUCGGCCCGCCGAAUACCUUGGGCCAAGGAGGGCCAACUGGGGCUUCGGGGCGGGGUUACGUACAAAGGCGGAGUUUUCCUGUCAGGUAAAGAGGAGACAAGAUGCUUUCUUCCCUUACAUUUGUUUUGCUAUCGCACUUGAUCAACUCACUAAGAAGAAGAAAAAAUGGAUAGCAGACAGUACUGGUCAGUUGAGGACACCAGGGCUCUUCUGAACAUUUGGGCCGAGGAAAAUGUUCAGAGGCAAAUAGACGUCGUUAAAUGCCGCCGAACUCGAAUGUCCUUAUCCAGGGAUCGCUGUCUGGCCUUACACCAACAGACCACAAACAGUAAAAAAGCAAUCGCUUCGGUGUUCUCCAUCUUCCAGCUCUCGUAGUGAUGCCAGGUUGUGUUUGUGGUUAUAAUUUGAGUUUUUUGUUCCCGCUGAAGUGGGCGGGUUGUGUGACGGGUUGUGUGACGUUUGAUUCGGGGGACGUUCUGGGGGCGGUGUUUGCGUGACGCGCUGUGAGCAACUAGCCCGACAGUGGAAACGCGACAUGAUUUCGGCCUCAUUUCUCAACCUCCUGGGCUAUUGGCCCGGCCUGGCCCGAUUUAAAGCCCUGGCUCACACUGGCCCGAUAGUGGAAAUGCGGCUACUAUGGGUAGCUCAGAGGUGUUUAGGAUGCAAAACCAAUUCCCCCAAAAAUUUUGGCAAGCUGUUUUCAACUGCUUAAAUGACCUCAAAAAGAACAUUAUUUCAGCCGGAGAUUGUACAAACUUAUAUCAUUUCAUUCUAAUCUUCAAUUUGGUUUGCAGUAUUCAUGGGGACCAAAAAGUCACUUCCGUUACGCUCGCCGCCAUAUUUGUUUCCGAUAUGGUCACACUCCCAACUGCAGCACAUUAAAAUGAGACUAAACGAAAUCGAUAUUUGCUAAAAAAUAAACAAACACUGGUUAUGAUGCUUAUGAUGAUACCUCACACUGUGUUUUGUUCCUUCAAAUCUGCGACGUGUCUGUCUCAACUUUCUUUUCAUGAAGUUUAUUUAUAAACUAAUCUCGAGAGGAUCACGUGCUUAUGAUUGCAUGCGUCCGGUCCAGCGUUAUUCAAUUUAUGAUUCACCAAUCAGACGAUUCUUAAGCCCCUAUAAAUACCCUAAGUACCAUAUCACAGCCAUCUUCGUUUUGAAGAAUACCCCCUUCCACCCCUGCUCCUCUUGCUUUUCUAGAUGGGUGACACGGUGGCCUAGUGGUUAGCACUGUUGCCUCACAGCAAGAACGUCACUGGUUCUAGUCCUUACCAAGCCAGCCGACGUUUCUGUGUGGAGUUUACACGUUCUCCCUCGUGCUAGCAUCAGUGGCACUGCAUAAUCUCUGGGAGCCUUGGGAUGAGUAUCCCCAGGUAAAAAUCAAGAAUAAUUAGCAUAGCUGCUGUUCAUAGUGUAUAUAAACGAGAUGCGUGGAGCACAUUCAUGUAUCAUACCGCUAAGUGAUGCAUUGAGUGUAUGCUUCUCUAAGAAGAUAGGUCUUUAAUCUAGGUUUAAACUGCGAGAGUGUGUCUGAGCCUCGGACAUUAUCAGGAAGGCUAAUCCAGAGUUUAGGAGCCAUAAAUGAGAAGACUCGACCUCCUUUACUCGACUUUGCUAUUCUAGGUACUACCAGAAGCCCUGAGUUUUGAGUUGGAUUGUAGCGAGACAGAAGAUUGGUUAGAUAAACAGGAGCUAGAUUAUUUAAAGCUUUAUAUGUAAGAAGCAAUAUUUUAAAUUCAAUACGAAACUUAACAGGCAGCCAGUGUAAGGAGGAUAAAAUUGGGGUGAUGUGAUCAAAUUUUCUAGACCUGGUAAGAACUCUGGCAGCUGCAUUUUGUACUAGCUGAAGUUUGUUAAUAGAGGAUGCUGGGCAGCCAGCAAACAGAGCAUUACAGUAAUCCAGCCUAGAAGUCAUAAAAGCAUGGACUAGCUUUUCUGCAUCUGAGAUGGAUAGCAUAUUUUGUAACUUAGCGAUAUUUCUCAGAUGAAAGAAGGCAGUUUUUGUGACAUGGGAUAUAUGAUUUUCAUUGCUGUCUAAUAUGACACCCAGAUCUUUUAUAGUAGAGCUAACGCUAACUUUGUAUCCCUCUUAUAUCAGUGAAAUAUCAGUGUGCCUCGCAUGAUUUAUAAAUUGCACCAAGUUAUCGUGUUUUCUUAGUUGUCUAUUGCGUUAUUUUUAUUUCAGGCCUGAUGGAGGAGACGCACCAUAUGAAAAAUGAGAGAAACUAAAUCUACUUUUUGAAGACAAACUCCUCUGAUUUAGUAAGUCGUUUUAAAUGAGUCUGAUCUUCUCCGUACUAAACUCAUUUGCUGUGUCCCAAUUCGCAGAGUUUUACGUUCUAAACGUAUAUACUUUUGUGAAGAAAAAGGAGUUGGGGCACUUUUGAGCAUGUAACAGAAGAGUAUGCACAUUUUGGGACAUACUACUUCCUCAUUAAUGGACCGUUACGUUGCUUAAUUGCAUCCCCUUUCAUUCAUCUCAACACAUCAUCCUCAUUUCUUUCAUAUUUAAUUACCUUCUAUAUUGUAGAUUCAGCAGCAGGUUAAUCUGUCAUUCACGAGUCUUUCAUCCGGAGAAAUCUCCUCAGGUAUUUGAAUAAUCAUGCAUUCAGAAGGUAAUAUCCAAACACGCCUUUAUAUUACUUAACGUUGCUGCAGAUGAAGCCUUUCUAUUUUUGACGUUGGCCUGACGUUGGCCAGCCAUGUUUGUAGAUUGUUUCUGUUUUAUGUUGUUCAUAAUUGUUAAAGCGGCCAAAAUAAGAAAUUGCAAACAGCUUUUAUAGAACUCCAAAAGUUUUAGCUCAUAAAGAGGGGGAAAGUUAAAGAAACUGGCUGAAAAGAAGAAAAGGUGGCGUUUAAUAAACAUUUAUUCAAUACAUCCUAGAAAACUCUUUUGAACGCGAUAAUUCAGAUCUAGCUAUGUGUAUAAAUAUGUUCAUGUGUUAUAUAAAAAUCAGAUACACACCACCACAUGUAUACAAAAUCCACGAGAAUAUAAAUAACAUACCCUGCAAUUUAAUCGCAUUAAUGAAAUCUCUGUCUUGUUUUGCAAUAAUCCAAGUAUUUACUGGAGUUUCAGCCAUUACGUGCAGUGGCGGACUUAAUGGGUAAUAUUGGCGAUCGCUAGGUCCAGACAGAAUCUGCGAACAUUUUGGGAUAUUUCAACGCAGAAUUUUGUUAAAAAUCUGUAGAUUUAUGCUGAAUGAUUUUGAGAGUAUCGUAACUAAAAACCUAAUAUAUGAAAUAAAAAAACAAUAACUUUUAACGUUUUAUUUAAUGUUUACUAUGCAAAUCAAAUUAAAUCCACUUUACUUGGUAAACGAUGCAAGUGCCUCAUAUAAUAUCUCUGUUAAAAUACAUUAAAUAUUACUUUACAAACUUUAUUGCGAAUAAAUCAUUCAUAUUUUCAUAUUGGUCGAUAAUGUUACUGAAAAUAAUUUAAAAACUGAAUUACUAUAAAUUUACACAAAUAAACAGAAUUAAUGAUGGGCUAAAAAUCUGCGGAAUUCUGGCCGCGCAGAUUCCGUGUGGGCCUAGCAAUCACCCAAGGGUGCGUUUCCCAAAUAACGACGUAACUCGUUGAGCGUUACCCAAAACGCAUAGUUUCUCUGUCGCAGAUCCAUUGCUUGAACCACGUUAGUUAUUACGUAAAACGCCCAUAAUGAUGUUCUAAACGGGGUGGAGUAACUACUACUUUAGAGAGGAACCCCAUCAUUUCUUUGUGCAAAUUAAAUUGUUUUACACAAACACACGCAUUUAAAAUAAAAUCCAAUAUUAGAUUUGGUAAAAACCUGCACUCGCUUUCCAUAACUGAAAUAUAAGUAAAUGGCACAUAUAGGGCCUGUGUUUACUUUACUAAUAAUAUUGAGAAGUUGAACAUUACAUAUUCUAUUCUAAAACAUAUAAUCACUUACAAAAGUUAACACUAUUCUAAUAUCAUAUAUAAAUCCUAUAAAUAAUGAGGCUAUUUAUUAUAAAAUGAAAUGUAAUAUUUAUUCUUUAUUAGAAAUGAAAAAUCCUACUUUAAUAAUAAUAUUAAUGAUGACGAUGAUUAUUAUUAUUAAGUAGGAUAUUGUUUAUUUUUUAUUUAUUUGAAAAGUCUACUUUUACAAUUUGACACGUAAACCAUUGCAGAAAGUUCUAACCAGCUGGCCCAUGUCAUAUACAUUACAGAUACUUAAUAAAUAACCUACUAUAAAUUAAAAGAAUUAACGUAUGCUUUUCGUUUUCACAAGCUUUGGAGACGUAACAUAAAUUCCGCUUUUAAAUAACAGGUCACCUAUAGCUUUCGCCAUGAGGCUGUGUUCAAAAUGAAAUCACUGUUUUCAAAGUGCACUGUGAAGGGAGCGCAAUUGUAAACAUGAAGAUCGCUAAAACUGAACUGUAAAAAUAGUUUGAAAGCAAAUUACACCUAAGAGUGAAGACUUUAAUGCGUUUUUAUUUUUAUUAAUUCCAACUUUGAAUGUUGUAAAUGAAUAGGGCAUAGGGGAUAAGUGGAAAUAGAACACAGCCAGGAACUAUGUUUCUAACUACAGCUCCAGAGCUGUAGUUGCAAGUGCUCAAGUGUGCGAAUGUUCGUUGGAGCAAAUCAAUAAACUACGAUUGUAACGAUGGAACUUGCGACCUUAGUUGGCUAACGAUGGUUUUGGGAAACGCACCCCAGGGCGGCAUCUUUCUAAGGGUGGCAUGGGGAGGUGGUGCAAAAAAAAGAGCCCCAGUAAAAGCUUUGAGAUAUGAUUUACUUCAUGCAAGUGUAUUAAUAUAGAGUGGUAAUCCCAGAAUAAAGAUGUAAAGAUGUUAACCGAAACAACGCUGGUGAAAGCAAACUGACGCAUGCACACAGAAAACCUGCACGCUCACUGCUCUGCUCCCGGUGUAAAUACCGGUUGUUUAUAUGCACACCGAUAAAAUUCAAGGCGUAAUUUAUUAGGCUAUAUUAUGAAAUAAUGAAAAAGCAUGACAGGUCCAGAUAGUGAAAUAUUAGUAACAUUUCAGUUUGUUUUUAUGCAGUCUGAAUUGUUUGUUUUAAAUAAUUGCGUGUUCCAAUGGGAGUAAUAAAAAGUCAACCACAUAUGGGGUUGUAUAUGGGGUGAUCGACAAGGGUGCCAUUUAAACUAGAACCACCACUGGUAACAUGAACAUUGAGAUGUGCAGCAGCAGUGAAUGUUUGUUGAUGGUUCAUCGUCCAAACAAAAAGAAAUGCAACCCUACAAAACUAGAUGGUUGAUAUAGUGAAGGACUUUUUCCACCUAACAAAAAUAUAAACAAAUAAUAAUGUAAACCAUGAUCCACACUCUUGUAUGCGUGUCUGAUGUCUGGAAGAUAUCCACAUGGGGGGAAAACUAGAGUAAUUUAUAAUAAACAUGUUUUUGAACUACAUAGUAAAGUGUGUAAUGUGUACAACUCUGUUAAUGAAUACUACAGAAUGCUGUAGCAUAGUAAACUGAUAAACUAAUAAAUGCUGUAACGUUAGCGUAAACUGUAGGGCAUUGUUAAUAUAGCGUACAAAACUAAAGCCUAUUGAAUGAUUUGUUUAUUACUACAGUUGUGAUGUACUACCGCAGCAAUAUUAUACUACGACCGUUUAAUUCAAGUAAUUAUCUAUAGUAUGCUUCCAAACACUAUAGUAUUUACUAUAGUAUUUUUCAUGUUAAGUAAUUACAGGCAAAUAUAUUUUAGUUAAGUAGAAAGCGCAGCCCUCUUCAUGAUAGAAGGAUCAUGCCCAACAUAUGGGAUUAUUUUCUAUUUAUAUCUCCUUUUGAAAUAUGGCACAAAUACUGACUUUUCUCUCUCCCAUUCAUUUGUUUACUUCCACUGAUUAGCAGCACCAGAUAACAAUCCAGAAUCAUAUAAACACACGCUGAUUCGACUAUUCAGUAUUCAAUUUCCUUUUUAUGGUGCUAAAUAGGCUUGUAUUGCAUUGAU